UAUCAUUGACUCCUUUUCUCGAUCAACAUGUAAAUGGCAUAGUUCGUUUUAUAUCAAUUAAAAACCAUCUCCGUUCACCGACAGACCAACAACAAAAUAUAACAUCAUUUUAUAACACUGUCCAACGAGAAAAAGGGAAAAAUCUUUUAAGAACCAGUCUGGUAACAGAUGACCAGUCCAUUUAUCUUCCCUGUUGAUCUGUAGUCCCGCAGAAAGUGGUAUUGAUUUGAAAAGGUUGUGAUCUUUACAGACGAAAUGGGAGAAAACGGCGGAAAUAGGGGUAUCAUCAUGAAGAAUUUGGAGAAAGGGAGGCAAAGAAACACACCUACUUAUGGCGCCAUGAAGGAUGAAACCAACGAAGGAAUGAAUGAAAACCCUAUUAACCACCAGAGACAGGUUCUACUAAAAGGAGCUAAAACAAGACUCAUAUUCGCGCUAUUGCUAUGUAUCCUUGUUGUCAUAGCUGAAAUCGUAGGAAGUAUUUUAUCUGGAAGUUUAGCUAUCUUGGCUGAUGCAGGUCAUCUUCUCACCGAUAUAGUCACUUACAUCAUUAGUCUAACUUCUAUCUGGCUUGCACAGAAACCCCCAUCCAAGAGGUUUACAUUCGGAUUACUGCGUGCCGAGGUUGUUGGAGCACUUUUUUCAAUCAUCAUAUCAGUUUGUUUGGCAGUGGUCCUCUCUUAUUUUGCAAUCAUGAGGAUCGUCCAUCAGGAGUUCGAGAUAGAUGGUGAGGUCAUGCUCAUCAUCGGAAUCAUCAACUUCUUCGGGAAUAUCAUACAAAUCAUUCAGCUCCAGUUUGGAUUCUGUUGCUGUACCAGUCAAUGUGGAAGUUCAGAAGAGGGUUUACUAUCUGUCGGCCACGGUCACAGCCACGGCUCACUGUUCGGUGGUAGUGGCGAUGGAGUCGCUGAGGAUGAAAUCAAAAGACAUAUGAAUGUGCGCGCCGCAUGCCUUCAUAUAUUUGGCGACUGUCUCUUCGGUUUUGGGCUUCUUAUUGGUGCCUUAAUCAUCUACUAUCAGCCUGGAUUUAAAAUCUUGGACCCAAUUCUAACCAUCGUCUUCGGUGCCAUUGUAUUGAUAACUCUCUCUGGCUUGUUAAGAGAUAGCGUCUAUAUACUCAUGGCGGGUAAACCGAGGAGUGUUGAUUACGAUGAUGCUAAGAGAAGAUUGGUUGAGAUAGAUGGUGUUGAGGAUGUCCAUUCUCUCAGGAUAUGGUCUUUGACUUCAGAUGUACAUCUCGUUUGCGUACAUCUUGUUUUAGCUCGUUUUUACGACGGUCGUCCGGUUGAUGGUCCUAAGGUACUCCGCGAAGCUAGACAUAUUCUUGAGACUCACUUCGGUGUUGUUCACUCUACCAUCCAGAUAGAGACAGUUGAAGAUGGUGUGGAAUUCCUGUGUGCAAGGACUACUACCGGACCCGCAUAAUACUCGUCCAAUCAGCUUUGGUGGUGUCGAGGUAGUGGUUACCAAAGAAAUCUUUUCUGAUUGGUUGAUGGUUUCAUCGUAAUUCUCACACCAAGGAUUUCCAUGAUUUCACAGUGGAUGUCGAUCUAGAUGACGGUGGAAUGGAAUGGGGAUGACUGAGCGUGAUUAUCAUGGAUCCUACUAACACAUUCAUUUUAUCAAUCACCAGUGGCGAUAGAUACUCCCACUGGUGAUUGAUCGUUGAUAUGACGUCUUAAGAUCGCCCGUUGCAAUCUGUCUCAAAUUAUAUGAAUUUAUCGCCACUGGUGAUAGCACUAUCCAUCGCAAAAAAACAUCUAAAAGCCCUCUUAGGGAUCUACCCUAAACAUUUUUUUGAACAACAAAACUUUCUUCUCCAUAUCUUAUUUCGAAUGGAGAUAUUUUGAUUUAGCACAUUUAAACCAAUCUUUCCUAACAGUAUCACGCAAUCCAAUUCAUUUGGCAAAGAAGUGGUGAGUUACAAAAUAAUGUGGUUUCUUUGGCAGUUCUGAAGAAAAUCUAUCGGUAACUAUGGUAACAGACGUUUGUAUAUAAUGUAGGGUCAUGUAGAUAAUGUUAAGAAUCAUAUUAACUCAAUAUUGCCCGGAGUGUUCGAAUUUUAAAUAUUAUAUUAUGAUCAAUUUCACCUUUCUUUUAAACAACAUUGAGCAUUGAUAUGAAUGGAAAUUUCGCCAUCAAAAUUUAUGGUAUUAUAAUGUUUUGUUAUUACUAAAACUGUUUUUGAAUGAUAUCACGAGAUAUUGAAACGGAGUUCGAUUUGUAUGACUGGUACGAUGUAAGAAAUAGGCAGUAUUGUUUUAAUCAUAUAAUUUAAAUAAGACAAUCAUGAUAGUAAUCAAUGUUCAUCACUAGUGCUAUAUUUAUGUCUGUUGUAAAUAUGUUUCCCAAUUUUGCAUCGUGAAUAUUGUGGAGCGUUGUGGCCCAGUGGAUUAGUUUUCUGACUUUGAAACAGAGGGUCGUGGGUUCA